AAAUUAACAACCAAAAUAUAAUAAAAUAAAUACCUUAAUAUAAUAAUUAUUGAAUAAAAAAUUUAACCUCAAAUUACCCAACAACAACAACAGCAACGUAAAUUUACCUUUACGCUACAUUUUAAUCAAUUAAGAUGGAAAAACAAUAUUUAACACCCUAUGUGUACCAAGAAUUGCCAGCAAAAAUUAUCUCAAGCAGAGUCAAGGGUGAAAUAUUCAUGAAACAGUUCCUACAAAACCACGUACCCUCACAUGACAUACGAACCGUGGCCAAAAACUGGAGGUUCUUACUCGAAAAACAUCAAAUCGCCAAAAAACCUAAACGCAAGCAACUGAAGAAGACCUUCCUGACACGUGCUGAAAAAGUGGACUUAAACCUGUUGAAGUUGCCAAAAGAAGGGUGGAAUUAUAACAAGCUUGAACCCAUUAGGCAGAUGUGGAAAGAGUACAUGAUUGACAACUUGGAGUUGAUCAAUAAGGAGAAAGAAGUCUCUAUGAAAAGAGUCCCAAAGUGUGACGACUCAGAAUGGCCAAACUUUAGCACAAUAUUAUCUAAGUCAGAAUUGGUUGGAGCUGAAACGACGGUAGUCAGAUCUAAAAUACCGACGCAGGUCGGUUUAUCAGGCACGAUUGUACUUGAAACUAAGCAAACACUACAAAUUGUGACGCCGAAAAAUCAAUUAAAAAUUAUUGUUAAGGACAGCUCCGUCUUUGAAAUCAUUUUGGGAGAUAUUAAAUUAACAAUUUUUGGAAAACACAUCACGACCAGGCCGAGUGAGAAAAGCGUGAAGAAGAUUAAAACUUUCAUGUAUCCUGAUUUGUGAUUUUAUUAAACUUGUUUAUAAGA